AUGGAAAUCUCCUCAAGAUUUCACCAUGACAGAGAGAAUCCAUCUCCAAUGAACUCACCAAAAAGCAAUGUAAGUAACUGUAUGAGUAGCAGCAACAGCAACAAUGGAAUCCAACUUCAAACACCACCCCUCACUCCAAAAACAAUCCCUAGAUCUGAUUCAAAUCCUUACCCUACCACCUUUGUUCAAGCUGAUACAACAACUUUCAAACAAGUUGUUCAAAUGUUAACAGGUUCAUCAGAAACAACAACCACCUCAACCACAACAACAACAACCUCAACCACAACAAAACCAAAUCAAGAUCUACCUCAACAUCCAACAAGGAACUUCAACAUCCCUCCAAUCAAAACAGCACCAAAGAAACAAGGUUUCAAGUUAUAUGAAAGAAGGAACAGUCUCAAGAACAGUGUCCUCAUGCUCAACACCCUCAUGCCAAAUGUUUUACCUAGGAAACAACAACAGCAAUAUCAACAAGAGAUUCUCUCUCCAAGUUUGCUUGAUUUUCCUUCUCUUGCUCUUAGCCCUGUCACUCCAUUGAAUGAUGACCCUUUUGAUAAAUCUUCACCUUCAUUGGGAAAUUCAUCCUCAGAAGAAGAUAAAGCUAUUGCUGAAAAGGGUUUCUAUUUGCACCCCUCUCCUAUUACUACACCAAGAGACUCAGAGCCACAGCUUUUGCCUCUCUUCCCUCUCUCUUCACCUAGAGUCUCACAAUCAAGUUCUUGA